AUGGAGCCCUUUCCUUCGCCAGUCGACCCGCCGGCGCCGUCCAAAGAACCGAAUACCCCACGAGUUCGCAUCGAUGAGUUGCCGACCUUGGAUCGGACACGCAGUGGAGGAUCCCAGAAUGGACCGUCGACGCUUCGGCGUGCCAACACCGUGCAGGGAAGCAAUCUCAUCAAGAGAAACCUGGAGCUGAAAGCAACGCAUGAGAGGACGGCAACAACGGGGCUGCGUGCCAAGGACAGCAAUGAAUUGUUGCGGCAGGGUCCAUUACAACGGUCUCAGACGCAGCGUGGCCCGCUCGGAGCGCCUCCCCGGGCCGGAAGGCAGGCCAUUUUACAGCCAAUUGCGAAUCCGACCCCUAAAGCCCACCGUAUAGCACCCUUGGCCUCUGUCGACCAAGCCAAAACCAAUUUUCUUCAGCCUCAAGGACACGCGUUCGCUCGUGAUGAUCCAUCCCGGUGGUCAAGUUCUCAGCUCUCGGAGCUGCGCCCGCGCGAAGAGCCCCGCGAUAUUCGCGAGCCCGCCGUUCCCCAGUCCGCACAGCUCGAUCAAUCCAUCCAGAGUCGCCUGCGGUCGAAUUCAAACUCGGCAUCAGAUGAGGAAUCGGUACCCGAAGCUGGAAAACGCGAGAUGCGAAUUGUUAUCGAUCGAUCUGAGGACCGGCCAAAGUCCGCAGAGCAAAAAUCGGGCCACGCGGCCUCGGAGGCUAUCCCACGUCCUCGGCUCACGUCCCCGCGAUUUAAGACCGAUAAGAGCGCAGCUUUGCAGAGCUCGGGUCAUACCCGCACAUCCAUGUCGGACAAUUUUCGGAAUUCAACCUUGCUGGGCGGCAUGGCGGAUCCUCUGCUGACCCAUCGUUCGAGUGUAUACGGGAGGGACUCCAUGUCGCGACAGCGGUCUUCUUUUGCGGUCUCGAUGUUUUCGGGGACAGCGGCCAUAGAUCUGAGCCGGGCGUCCCCAAUACCAAGGAACUCCGUGGUCUACGAAUUGAAAGAACCUGUCGAACCGUCUAUCUAUGAAAACCUGGUUUCAGGAAUGGAUGAUGGGUCUGUCGUUCGGUAUAUUCCUGGCACAAAGGACAUGAGUGCAGCCACACCUGCCCGCAUUGUGGCCCAGAUAUCCUCCGAGUCAUUUAUGGACUACGAGCUGGUGUCGGACUUCUUUCUCACUUUCCGUUCAUACCUCUCCACGGGUCAUCUGCUAGCUCUCCUCCUUGCACGGCUGCACUGGGCGAUUAAUCGGCUAAAAGACGAUGGGCGGAUCAUCCGGAUUCGCACCUUUGCGGCGCUUCGACACUGGAUUUUGAAUUAUUUUGUUGAUGACUUUGUUACGAACUACGACCUUCGGACCCACUUUUGUGACACGAUCAACACGCUUUACCGAGAGGUCAAGUCCCGAGACUUUGGGGGCAUGAGCGACUUGAAGAUUCUCAUUGAUUUGAAGCGUUGUUGGAAUGGCAAAUGCUCCGUUUAUUGGACCGCAUCCGACUUCUCUCGCGCAUAUAAUGACCCAGACACGCCCAUUGUACCCGGAAGUGCCCAGAUCGAGCUGCCUAGUGCUGAUGUACCGCAGCAAAGUUUUCCUCUCCCCGGAAUGGUCCCCAACCCAGACUCUAACUCGCAUGAGAGCCUUCGCCUUUCAACUCAGCAUGAUCGAAACGACUCUGCUGGGACCGCUCAAAGUAUUCCGUUCUCCACGCAGAGCGACCAAAGCAUGCAGGUGCUGUCUUGCUCGCUACCUCCCAAGUCCGCCAAGCACCAGUCCGUUCCUUUCUCGAAAGGCAAGGCGCCACGUCCGGUACCAUUGGGUCUUACGAAAGUCACGCCUUCCUCCCAUGAACCCCCACCUGUUUCUCCCAUAAUAUCACGACACCCAUUCCAUGGCCAUGGGCACAAGAGAAGCGGCAGCUUCUCGGACUCGGUGCGAGAUGAUCGUGUGCCGAUGUUCGUCACGGAGCCUGAAGCAAUGGUAUCCGCCACCCAAGAUAUCCUGGAUCCUGUUAGUUUGAUUCGAGGAGAGCUGUACCCUCCUGCGGAAUCCUAUAUGACAAUGAUGGCACCGGACUCUCCUCCUCUGGCCCCGCCCUCGACAACCGGAAACCCAGACCGGCGGAGCACACCGGAUACGAUGUCCAAGCCGGCACUCACGAACUCCGGCAUGAGAACCAUUCUGGGUUCGAUCAAGCGGGUUCUGCACACGAGAAACGGUGGCCAGAGUAUUUCUGCUCGCAUUGCAAAUUCUACUGACGCCGUGGCAAUGCUCUCACGGGGCAAGACAUCUGCAAUGCCUACGCAUCUAGCAUUUGGCUCUGAUAUUUACCGGGAAAGAAAGUUGGCUGCCGGUCCUAAGCAUCUCGCUCGUAUCGAUAUUCUGUGCGACGAGGUGUUGAAACAAUACCGCCAGGUGGUGAAAGAAAAUGAAGCAAGAGAGCAGGCCCAGCAGUCAGCGGAACCAGGAUUGCAACCAACACAAGAAACUGCGCAGAACCCUACUGAGUCUGAAACCCUUCAGAUUCCCAACGCUGGUAACACCGACAUCAAAAGUGGAAUCACCACUGACAGCGGAUCAAUCGUCAUCGUCGAUGAUACCGGGUUCGAUAUUCCCGUCAUGUCUGGCGCUGCUCCAGAGUCAACAUUGGAGGUCACAGAUGAACAUGGCCAAGACACUUCAAACGACCGCCUGGCAACAGAUGGCGCGCCGUCGCAUGUGUCCACCCUGGCGGAAGGACAGUAUUUGCUGCCGAUAUACUACAGCCCUGAAGAAUCGGGGGCAAAUGCUCAACGCUCAAGCUCCUUGCGUCCCUCUGCUCCUUCUACCCCACGAAGGUCAUUUUCGGUUGAGCGUGGAUCCACACCGUGUAAGACUCCCUUGUCUCUCCGGCUACGCAAGUACGCUUCCUUCCAGAGCGGGAUUUCUAGAAAGCGCCUGUCGAUUGGUAGCGAGGCGGGUCAAUCUGCCGGUGCUGCCCAUCCGAUGCAAAACCGACUGGGGAAGUUCUCUGGGCCGGCACUUCGCAGGAGACCCGGCGGGAAUCUGCGCCAGAUGCAAACCGGUGACGAGCACGGCGCGACCCCGGGUCGUGCAUCGUUUAUAUCUGAUUACUCCUACGAUGAUUCUCUCACGGGCACCACGACUUAUAGUGAGGAUACUGCCUCCAGGCCCAUGACUACUCUUAUCCCGCCCAACCCUCGCUUUUCACUUAUACAUACCCGUUCAUCGCGACACUUGAGGCGCUCAUUCGAAGCCGCGAUUGCGCAGUUCGCCCAGAUCCCCGAUGAUGACGAUGGAGGUAUCGAGUCUACUUUACUCAAACUAGAAGGCAAGUGGGGAGGGUCAUCCGACGACGACCAGGGCCCUGCAUCUGGCCAAGCAGAUGAUUCUCGAGGCAAGGUCGGAAGAAGCGAUGCUCGCCGGGGACAGCUUUUGACGCAGCCCGGAGUCGACAGAGCCGAAAGGGAUCACCCCGACUGGGAUGUUCUCCCCCGGAGACGACAGACUGACAAGUCAGCGUAUUCGACAGUUGCAGGCCGACUGGCACCACCUCGUCCUUACUCUGAUUCAGUGGCGGAGUCUGAAGAAUCCUACAAUUCGAUUCCGCUUCUCGAGCGAGGAUUGACCGAUGAGUCCAUGAAACGGCCGCCCACUGCUCGCCAUCCUCACAACGAUCCUCACGGUCCACCGCUUAGUUUCAUCUCGAGCCGGGAUAUGUCUGAACUGGCCUCGUCGCACCCGUCCAUUCAAAUCAUCAAGGAAACCGAAAGCCUGCGCCGUAUUCCCCGAGGUUCCACAGCCCCGUCAUACGCUCUGCGUGAUGCUGGCGCAGUUACCCCGAAACGUCUGUCUGCUCUGUCAGUUGACAUGAUUGAAGCACAUGAAGCCGCAGGCGCACGCCGAUCCCCCUAUACUCAAAGCCUGUCGUCAUCGACUGUUGACAUCCCGCCUCAUCCCCUGGCGCAUCCUCCAUCUCCACCGAUGACCAUUCAAAAACCCGGCUCUUUCACCCUGAAUGCCUCGCCAUUGGACCCGGUUUUGUUCCAGGCCCGGCCUCUUACCCCCGAAACAUCCCCUCGUCAUAGGGAUACGGAGAAGCCCAACUCGCGAUUGAGGAACGUACAGCAAGUAUCCAGCGACGUUCUCUCCAAUUCUGAACGCAACCAUUAUUGCCAAGAUACUAUCCAACACCCUGGCCCUGACCAUGUGCCCUUUGUACUCGCCUGUGAAUCUCAUGUUCUCGCUCAGCAGCUAACACUGGUGGAAAUGGCGGCCCUGAGCGAAGUUGAUUGGCGCGACUUGGUCGAAAUGAAUUGGAGCAGCUGCUCACCGUACAUCAUGAACUGGGUCCAGUUCCUCACGUCCGAGGACCGCAAGGGCAUUGAUUUGGUUGUUGGCCGCUUCAAUAUCAUGGUGAAAUGGGUCUUGUCUGAGAUCGUGUUGACUCGCGACAUUCAUGAGCGGGUGCGCACAAUUAUUAAGUACAUCCAUACCGCAGCUCAUGCGCGCCGCAUCUGCAACUACGCCACGAUGCUCCAGAUCGCCAUUGCCUUGUCCUCAUCCGACUGUUCGCGGCUGCAAGACACGUGGCAGUUGGUCCCGCUCGAGGACAGACGACUGUUCAAGGACAUGGAGUGUCUGAUCCAGCCAGUGCGCAAUUUCCACGACCUUCGAGUUGAAAUGGAAACGGCCAAUUUGCAAGAAGGCUGCAUUCCUUUCAUUGGUCUGUAUGUGCACGACCUCACCUACAAUUCGCAGAAACCCGCUCAGAUCAAUGGCAACGGCGGAGGGAUGCUCGUCAACUUCGAGCGCUACCGUACCACUGCCCGCAUCGUCAAGAACCUACUCCGUCUGAUUGACGCCAGCACCAAGUACCGUUUCGAGCCCGUGCAGGGCAUCAUCGAGCGAUGUUUGUGGAUUGCCUCGCUUCCCGAAGACGAGAUCCAAGCUCGUAGUAAGAACCUGGUGUGA